GAUGUCCAGUUCCGCGCUCCCAUAGGAUGAUGCUGUGACAGAAUGAACCCAGAACCAUGGGAUCACGAAUCAGGGAAAAUCCCCAGAAGAUAUUUGAUCUGUUCUUUGAAGCGGCCUGCCCAGCAUCUGCAGAUUAUGAUUCCCAAGUGCUUAGGCAGUUCCCUCUGGAGUUCGAUGACCAGGAGUCGAUUCAAAUACUGCCCAAAUUCUGCUUCCCUUUCGAUGUCGAGAGGGUUAAGGAGACCCCUGCAGUCCAACACUUUACUUUUGCUCUCACCGACCUGGAGGGGAAGCAACGCUUUGGUUUCUGCCGACUGGCCAAGGGCUUCCGCACCUGCCUAUGUGUCCUCAGUUACUUGCCCUGGUUUGAAGUUUUCUACAAGAUCCUCAAUUACAUUGCUGACAACUUAGCUAAAGAGCAGUUUACCGAGCUGGAUGAAUUCUUAUCCAUGCUGUAUCUCCACCCGGUGCCUAAAUUCAACAGCCCCAUCAGCCUUGAAUUUGACCCAAAGAUGACCAAAUUGAAAAUUACCACUGGAAAGGAUAUGAACACACAACACCAAGACCGGAGCCAGAAUCUGGACCCUGGGUCAGCAUUGUCUGCCUACUUCAUUGCCCCUGAUCACAGCAAACUGCCCACAAUUCCAGAAAACAGGAACCUCACCGAAUUUGUUGUGGCUGUGGACGUGAACAACAUGCUGCAGCUCUACGCAUGCCUGCUGCAUGAGCGCCGGAUCCUACUCACAAGUAGCAAGCUCAGCACACUCACGGCCUGUGUGCAGGCCUCCUCCACCAUGUUGUAUCCCAUGCACUGGCAACACAUCUACAUUCCUGCCUUGCCCUCGCACCUCCUUGACUACUGCUGUGCUCCUAUGCCCUACCUCAUUGGAGUCCAUACCAGCCUCAUGGAGAGAGUGAGGAGCAAAGCCCUGGAAGAUGUCGUCAUUCUGAACAUUGACAACAACACAUUGGAAUCACCCUUCCAGGACCUGGAAAACCUCCCGAGUGAUGUAAUCUCCUUACUGAAGUACCAGCUGAAGAAGCAGUCGGCAUCUACUGGGGAUGGCGUAGCCCGAGCCUUCCUCAGGGCACAGGCGCUGCUGUUCGGCAGCUACCGCGAGGCACUCGUUUAUGACCCGGGUCAGCCCAUCUCCUUCUGUCAAGAGAGCUUUCUGAAGCACGGAUCCAGCUCCACGCAGACCUUUCUGCAGCGGGCAGUGCAUUUGCAGCUCUUCAAGCAGUUCAUCGAUGACCGGUUGGAGAAACUCAAUGCUGGAGAGGACUUCAGUGACCUCUUUGAGCAGGAGAUAAGCAGAAGCUUGUCCCCAGGUAACAUGCAUUCCUAUCAGCUGUGGGUGAAGAACCUGAAGAAAGGCGGAGGAGCCCUGAUCAGUACAGUGAAAAACAAGGCCAACCCAGCGGUCAGGAAUGUGUACCAAUAUGCUAAAGGCCAGGCCAAAAUGGGGCUGAGGAAUAUGCGAAGUCACCUGCUGGAAAAGGACUCCAGUAUGGACCAGGAACAGCACAAGGGCAGUGCCCUGCACUAUGAUCAGAUCUCAAGCCCCAUCCAGCCUACCAGGAACAGCCAGUCUGAGAGCUUGCAAAGCCGGCUGCCCAUCACUCAGCACUUUGGGAAGUCUCGUCCUCGACGGCCACAAAGACAGAACAGUACAUCGGAACUGCAGGCCCAAAGCACAGCUCUUCCAAAGUCCCCUUUGGAGCAUGAUACCUUCACUCUUGGAGGUGAAGAUUUGCAGCCAGGAUUCCUGGAUCCAGGUGGGCUUGAUCUCUUAGGAGAAAUCUUUGAGACACUAAGCUUCUUGGAACCAAGCCAAGCGGGACGGCCUCUCUAUGGAACACGCAGCUUGGACUUCUCCAGCCUAGAGGAGGGGAACUUCUAUACUAAGCUGAGGCCCAGUGAGGAGACCCUCCAUGAAACUCUGUCUGAGGAGCAGGAUGAGAACUCUUCACUUGAGGACACCAUGCCCCUGACCUCCCUUGAGCAAGAGAAUAUGCAAGGUUCUUUGCUACCAUCUACCACAGCUGUGUCCGGAGGCAACGGUCUCUGGGGCCAUGAUCCCAACAAGACACAGGACAGCCUUGACCAGGAGAAGGCAGCAAUUCCCUUAGAGGAGGAAGAGGAGAGGGCAAGGGCUACUUCUGAUCCAGAGCUGUCCCAGGUUGCAAGGACCCACAGCGCCAAUACUGAGGCUUCCACUCUUCGUGAAAAUGAAACAGCAUUCUGCACAGCAGUGGAGGCUGGAGUGCAGUCUGGAAUGGGCCAUACCUUUGCUCCCUUUCCAGCCACCCCCCUCCCGGAGGCUGAUCCUCCAACGCCCAGAGGCUCCAGCACCCAAUCAGCUGCAACACCCUUCAAAGCAACGCCAGGUUUCCUAGAAGAGGAGGCUGCCUUAACUGUUGGGAAGAUCACUAGCCCCCACCACCCUUUGGUUUCCAGGACUUUGACCCAAGCCAGGGUGUCUGAACUGAAAAAGAGAUUUGAGGCUUAGAAGGGAACUGUUGAAAGAAAGCAGACUGCACAUAGGGAGAGAGAGAGAGAGAGAGAGAGAGAGAGAGAGAGAGCACCCUCCUAGACAGAGCUUCAGCAAGAAAUCCCUAUGGCUUAGAGAUGGGCAUGAACAAGUGGGGGGGGAACAACCAUGUGGUUCGUGGUUCAUCGCAUUUCAUGGACCAUGAACUUCCACGAACCCGCCCCUGUUCACGAACCAGUUCUUUUGUUUCAUGAAAACGUCACAUCCAGGUCAGUAAAUCGUCACUUCCGGGUCAGCAGAAGAUCUGCAGGAAGUCCAUCACCUUUUGCCUAGGAAACUGGUCGAUCGGUGCCAGGCUGUCUACAGUUACAAACCAAAAAAGAACCAACCUAAAGUUCAUGGUGGUUCGUCAGAAAUGGACU